AGGGCGGCGCGUGGAGGGAACUCAAGGCCUGAUUGGUUCCUCCUAAGCAGGACACGAUCUGGCUGGCAGGGCAACCGGCCUUCAGUUAGUGCCUUCAGUGGGUGCCUUCCGUUGGUGGCAUUUGGUUGCCUUUCCCGGGGAGAGGUGGCAGGUGCUCAGCUCUGCAGGCGUGGGGGCAAGCGAAGGCCCAAGCUGCCCGAGAAGAACAGAGGUGUCCCAUGGGGACCACGCUGGCCUGUCGCAUGUGCACCAAAGCCAGCCCCAGGCAGGGCCCGCACAGGGCUUCUGCGGAGCCUUCCUGCGGCUCUGACAUCUAUGAGUGGGCAGCCAGCAAAGGCGAAGGCCCUAGCACAGAGGAGAAGAGGCGCCCGGAACACGCUGUCCCCCAAUGCCAGCCCCAAGCAGGGCCAGCUGAGGGUGCGGUGUUUGGAGCCUUUCUGAGAUCCACGAGGUGGCGGUGGGAGUAGCGCCAGACUCCACUGCUUUGGAGCCUGCCCAGUCUGAUUCAGGAGCCUUGACUAGCAGCACAUUGGCGACCCGAAGACGCCAAAAGCCACAAGCGGAGCCAGCUAAGAGUGCGGAGGGAGAAGCCGUCCUGCAGCUCUGAGAUCCACGAAGUAGAGGUGGUAGUAGCACCGGACCCCACUGCUUUGGAGCCUGCCCAAUCGAAUUUGGGAGCCAUCGAGGUUCCUGACUGCAGCACAUUGGCCACCAGAAGACACACAAAGGUAGGGAGGCUUCGGAUACCACUUAAGUUUAGGAGCUCCUCUGGCUGCUGCUGGCCCAAAGUUCCCCCAGAGGCAUUCAAAGCCUGGGGCUCCUGCCUCCUGCCCCUAGUUUGCUAUCCUAAGCCCAGGCCUCAAGCAGGAGGACUAGCUCUGCCUCACCUCCCCACCCCUUCUUUUUUCCAUGCUGUGUGCAGCCAGUUUCUUUCCUCCUACCUACCCCAAUGCCCAGUUCUGGACACUCCACUUCUUCCCCUAGGCUGUCUGAAAACCACAUUUUUAGGAUACAAAAUGUAUGCUAUAGAUUUCAUUGCUGUAGAGGAAAUGUCUGACAGCUGUUGUAUUUAAACUUAAGUAGCCACAUUGGGACUCAUAAUUUCAUAUCUUGAGUUCUAGACCAGAGCCCUCUCUCCUAAAGCAAUGUCAGAGGGUCAGAGGUAAUCUUCUUGAUUCUAAUAAUAAUAAAUGAUUUUUUGUACAGACAGGGUUUCACUGUGUUGCCCAGGCUUGUCUCAAACUCCUGGCCUCAACUGAUCCACCCAUCUUGGCCUCCCACUUUGCUGGCAUGAUAAGCAGGAACCACCACACCUCACCUUUGGAGGUGCUCUAGCUUUGUGUGUCUUGGGCUAAUCUUCCUGCACAGCUGUCAGUAAGAUGCUCCUGCAGUAUGGUUCCAAAGCUUUCUGCACAAAUUCAGUGGAUCCUGUGAUAUUUUUACAUGGAAGAGCCCUUUUGUUUACUGCAGAGAAGCUAGACAAUUCACAGUUAGUAACCUAAGGCCUAGAAAAUUUUGUUUCUUGAUCAAAACAACUGUUUAUAGAUGCUUGUGGUCCAAAGAUGCAGAUUCCUAAUCAUGAAAAAGAAGAAGUGAUGUCCACUGCAGGCAACCAGGGAGGGAGUUUAGGAUUGUUCUCAGGCCGUGAAAGCCAUUGAAAUUCACCCAUAAGAAGGCAGAGCAAGGGAAUCCACAUGUCUUGAUCCCUCCGUGUGGAGGGUAUAAUUGGGUCUUCAUGAAGGUGCACCACCUUUGGGGUCAGAGAGAAUUGGAUUUGUAUCCCAGUUCCAACACUCACCACAAAGUGAUGGUGAAUGAGUUUUUAAAUCCUCUGAGCCUCAGUUUGCUCAUCUAUAAAAGAAAGGAUUCUUAUGAGGCUUGUAUUAGUUUAGUGUGUAAAAAUCUGGGAAUAAUGCCUGUAAUUUAAAAGACAGGUUGUUAUGAGGCUUCAAUAAGGUAAGUGUGUAAAAAUCUGGACACAAUGCCUUUAAUUUUGUAAUUGUACAAUAUAUGAAGGUGGAGGAUUAUUUUUCUCUCCUUUUAUUUUUAGAACAAGUUUAUACAAUUGGCAUUAUUCAUAUUUUUAAGAUAAUCAAAGGACCAGCAAGUUUAAAUAAAUCACCAUACUCACAAAGCAGUUCACAAUAUAUUUACUGGGUAAUUGCUACUUAAAAGUAGCAAUGAUGAUCACAUUGAAAAUCUUGUAUUACAUGGUGGUUUUCUCUUCCAUGAGCCUCUUCAUUUGUGGAAACCAUAGAGUCUAAGUUGCUCUAUAAAAGUGUUCAUUAGAAAAAUGUGAAUCACUUAGUGUAUAAAUUUUAGAAAAUUUCCACUGUUAGUCUUGUUAAUUUGAUUGAAUAUGUGCAUUUUGGAUUAUGAAUAUGAAUAUGUAUUGAUAUAUGAAAUAAGACUUGACAUCAUAGAGCAAUCUUAGCUCAUGGCAAUGUUUUCUUCUGAAAACACCUGCCGAAAUUUGUAUUAUUUCUAGUUUCCAAAAAAAUCAGUCGCGACGGGGCAAAGGGGAUGUUUGAAUGUCAGAUACUGCAUGAGGCACAUUAGUGUACAGUAAUUUCCGCAUCAUUCAUAUUCAUAAUUCACAGUGAGGAAAUCUGAAAGUUGCUACAAGCUACUAAUAAAUGAAAGGUGGGGCGGGCUGCUGUGGGGACGGGGCCGCUGUGGGGGCGGGGCCUUGUGAGCCAGUGCUUGGACUCCCACAUCAUAAACGGAAGGGCGGUGCGUGGAGGGAACUGAAGGCCUGAUUGGUUCCUCCUGAGCAGGACACGAUCUGGUUGGCAGGGCAACCGGCCUUCAGUUAGUGCCUUCAGUGGGUGCCUUCAGUUGGUGGCAUUCGGUUGCCUUUCCUGAGGAGAGGAGGCAGGUGCUCAGCUCUGCAGGCGUGGGGACAAGGAAGGACCAAGCAGCCCGAGAAGAGCAGAGGUGCCCCAUGGGGACCACGCUGACUUGUCGCAUGUGCACCAAAGCCAGCCCCAGGUAGGGCCCUCACAGGGCUUCUGCAGAGCCGUCCUGAGGCUCUGACAUCUAUGAGUCGGCGGCCAGCAGAGGCGCAGGCCCCAGCACAGAGGAGCAGAGGCACCCGGAACAAGCUGUCCCUUAAUGCCACCCCAAGCGGGGCCAGCUCAGGAUGCGGUGUUUGGAGCAGUCCUGCAGCUCUGAGAUCCACGAGGUAGUGGUGGGAGUAGCGCCAGACUCCACUGCUUUGGCUCCUGCCCAGUUUGAUUCAGCAGUCAUGACGACCAGAAGACGCCAAAAGGUAGGGAGACUACAGAUACCGCUUGGCCUUAGGAACUCCUUUGGCAGUUGCUCACCCAUGGUUCCUCCCAGAGGCACCCACAGCCUAGGGCUCCUCCCUCCUGCCCUAGUUCACUUUCCUAGGCCCAGGCCUAGGCCCAAGCAGGAGGACUUGCUCUGGCUCGACUCCCCACCCCUUCUUCUUUCCCUGUUGCAUCCAGCCGGUUACUUUCCCUUGCCCUGUCCAAGUGCUCACUUCUGGGCCCUCUUCUUCUUUUCUUAGGCUGGUCAAAACUAAGAUUUCAGAUUACAAAAUGUAUGCUACAGAUUUCAUUACGGUAGAGGAAAUAUGCGACAGCUCUUGUAUUAAACUUAAGUAGCCAUAUUGGGACUCCCAAUUUCAUAUUUUUCGUUGUAGAGCAGAGCUCUCUCUCCUAAAGUAAUGGCUGAGGGUUAGAGGUACUCUUCUUGAUUCUAAUAAUAAAAAAUGAUUUCUCAUAGAGACAGGGUCUCACUAUGUUGCCCAGGCUGGUCUCAAACCCCUGGUCUCAAGUGAUUCACCCACAUUGGCCUCCCACUUUGUUGGGAUGACAGGCAAGAACCACCACACCUGGCCUUAGGAGGUGUUCCUGCUUUGUGUGUUUUGGCUGGUCUUGCUGCACAACUGUCAGUAAGAUGCUCCUGCAGCGUAGUUCCAAAGCUUUCUGCACAAAUUCAGUGGAUAUUAUGAUUUUUACAUGGAAUAGCACCUUUAUGUAUUGCAGAGAAGCUGGACAAUUCACAUUUAGUAACAUAUGGCCUAGCAAAUUUCAUCUCGUGAUCAACACACCUGUUAAAAGGUGAUGCUUGUGGUCUAAAUAUGCAGAUUCCUCAUCAUCCUCAAGGAAAAGGGAACCACAGCAAGAAAACCUGGGAGGGAGUUUAGGAUUGUUCUGAGGCAGUGCAAGCCACUGAAAUUCACACACAAGGGGGUAGAAAAGAGAAUCCACAUGUUCUCAUCUCUCCAUGUUCUGGGUAUAAUUUGGUCCUCCUUAAAUUGCACCAUUUUUGGCGUUAGAGAAAACUGGAUUUGAAUCCCAGUUCCAUCACUCUUUAUGAUGUGAUGGUGAAUGUGUUUUUAACUCAUCUGAGCCUCAGUUUGCUCAUCUAUAGAAGAUGUGAUUGUUACGAGGCUUCCAUAAGGUAAGUGUGUAAAAACCAUGGCAAAAUGCUUGUAAUUUAAAAGAGAGGGUUAUUAUGAGGCUUCUAUAAGGUAAGUGUGUAAAAGUCUGGACAAAAUGUCUACUAUUUUGUAAGUGUUCAAUAUGUGGAUAAAGUGGAUUAUCUUUCUCUCCUUUGUAGACUACAAAUUUUUAGACCAAGUUUAUAAAAUUGGGGAUACUCCUAUUUCUUAGACAAUCAAACCAAUGAUCAGAAAGACUAGAUAAAUCACCAUAGUCACAAAGCAGCUCACAAUGCAUUUACUGGGUAAUUUCUAGUUAACAGUAGCAAUGAUGAUCACAUUGAAAAUCUUGUUUUGUGGUGGUUUUCUCUUACGUAAGCUUCUUGCUUUGUUGAAAGCAUAGAUUCUAAGCUGCUCUAUCAAAAUGAUUAUUAGAAAAAUGUGAUGAACUUUCUGUGUAAAUUUUGUAAACUUUCUUCUGUUAAUCUUGUUAAUUUGAUUGAACAUGUGUGUCAUUUUCAAAAAUGUAAAUCGAAUAUAUGUGAAUGGGAUAUAUAUGUAUAAAUAUGAAAUAUAACUUCAAUUAGAGAGUAGGCUUAGCUCAUGGCAAUGUUUUUUCUGAAAGCACCUGCAGAAAUCUCUCUUAUUUCUAGUUUGUUGAUGUUUCAGAGAUUAUGGAGAAAUGGCGGUUCUAUGAAUCUCAGACACUGCAUGAGGCAGAUUUGGUUUCAGUAAUUUUAGCAUCAUUCAUUGUAAGGUGAUGAUCCCUAGGAACUUCAUCACAGUGAGAAACCUGAAAGCUGCCAGCAGCCAGCAUGAAUGAAAGGUGGGGUGGGGCUGCUGGCAGGGCGGGGCCUUGCGAGCCAUAUGCCUGUGCUCUCAAGUUCCAGGAUUGUGGGGAUGCAUGCAGGGGAUUCUGGACCUGAUUGUUUCCUCUGAACCAGGAUGUGGUCUGGUUGGCUGGGCAACUGGCCUUCACUUGGUGGCCUUCAGUGGAUGCCCACAUUGGUUGCCUUCGGUUAGUGCACUCAGUUGGUACCCUCAGUUGUUUCUCUUCAGUUGGUGGUCUUCAAUUGUUGGGCAGUGGUGGAAGGAGGAUGAAUCCGUUUGUGCUCUCUCCUUCCCCAGUCACAGCUCCCAGGCUUGUUGCCCCCAGGCCCUCCUAAAAUAAACCAGAGAUGUUGGCAGGUUUUUCUUAGCAGACAAAUCAGCUCAGGAUAUGGGGGUGACGCGGGGUGUAGGGUGCAGGUUGCUAGCACAGUGCCGCCCCAUGGCCCAGGGCUGCCUGUGCCAGACAUGCCUUUGCAAGGAAGAGGCAAUAGUUGUUGAGCUCUGCAGACUUGGGGGCAAGCGAAGGUCCAAGCUGCCUGAGAAGAGCAGGGGUGCCCCAUGGGGACCACACUGAACUGUCACAAGUGCACCAAAGUCAGCCCCAGUCAGGGCUGGCAGAAGGGUUCUGCAGAGCCAGCCUGUGGCUCUGAUGUCUACCAGUGUGCAGACGGAGAAGGCACAGGCUGUGAUAUACAGGAGCAGAGGAGCCCUGAACACGCUGUCCCCCAAUACCAGCCACAAGCGGGGCUAUCUCAGGGUGCGGUGGGUGAAGCCGUCCUGCAGCUCUGCGAUCCACGAGGUGGAGGUGGCAGUAGUGCCAGACUCCACUGCUUUGGAGCCUGCCCAGUAGAAUUUGGGAUCCAGUGACGGACCUGACAGCAGUACAUUGGCAACCAGAAGAUACCCCAGGUAGGGUGGCAACGGAUACUGCUUAACUUGAGAAGAGCCUCAGUUUUCUCAUCUAUAUAAGAUGUGAUUGCUAUGAAGCUUCCAUAAGGUAAGUGUGUAAAAACCAUGGCAAAAUGCUUGUAACUUAAAACAGUGUUUCUAUGAGGCUUCUAUAAGGUGAGUGUGCAAAAAUCUGGACACAAUACCUAUAAUUGUUUAAGUGUUCAGUAUAUGGAGAAGGAGGAUUAUUUUUUCUCAUCUAACUUUUAGAGUGAGUUCAUAAGAUUGGUGAUACUCAUAUAUCUUAGACAAUCAAACCAAUAAUCAGAAAGAAUAAAUAGAUCACCAGAGUCACAAAGCAGUUCACAAUGCAUUCACUGGGUAAUUUUUAGUUGAAAGUAGAAAUGAUGAUCACAUUGAAAAUUUUGUAUUAUGUUGUGGUUUUCUCUUACAUAAUCCUCUUGGUGUCUUGGUGUUAUGAAACCACAGAUUCUAAAUUGCUCUAUCAAAGUGAUCAUUAGAAAAAUCUGAUGUACUUAGUGUUUACAUGUUAGAAAAUUUCUUGUUAGUCUUCUUAAUUUGAUUGAACAUGUGUGUUAUUUUCAAAAAUGUAAAUGGGACAUAUGUGGAUUUGUUAUAUAUGUGUAUAUAUGAAAUAUUACUUGAUAUUAUAGAGUAGGCUUCGUUCAUGGCAAAGUUUUUUUCUGAAAGCACCUGCAGAAAUCUCUCUUAUUUCUAGUUUGUUAAUAUUUCAGAGAUUAUGGGGGAAAGGGGGUUUUAUGAAUCCCAGACAUUGCAUGAAGCAGAUUUGGUUUCAGUAAUUUUAGCAUCAUUCAUUGUAAGGUGAUGAUCCCUAGGAAGUUCUUCACAGUGAGAAACCUGAAAGUUCCUAGCAUGCAGCAAUGAAUGAAAGGUGGGGCGGGGCUGCUGGCAGGGCGGGGCCUUGUGAGCCAUGUGCCUGUGCUCUCAAGUUCCAAGUCUGUAGGGAUGCAUGCAGGGGAUUCUGGACCUGAUUGUUUCCUCUGAACCAGGAUGCGGUCUGGUUGGCAGGGCAACUGGCCUUCACUUGGUGGCCUUCAGUGGGUGUUCUCAUUGGUUGCCUUCGGUUAGUGCCCUCAGUUGGUACCCUCAGUUGUUUCUCUUCAGGUGGUGGUCCUCAGUUGGUGGUCUUCAGUUGUUAGGCAGUGGUGGAAGGAGGAUGAAUCUGUGCUCUCUCCUGCCCCAGUCACAGCUCUCAGGCUUGUUGCAUCCAGGCCUUUCUAAAAUAAACUGGACAGGUUGGCAGGAUUUUUUAGCAGACAAGUCAGCUCAGAGUAUGGGGGUGAUAUGGGGUGCAUGCUGCUAGCGCAGUGCCGCCCCGUGGCCCAGGACUGCUUGUGCUAGCAAUACUUUUGCCAGCAAGAGACGAUAGGUGUUGAGCUCUGCACACUUGGGGGCAACCAAAGGCCCAAGCUGCCCAAGAAGAGCAGGAGUGCCCCAUGGGGACCACACUGAACUGUCGCAUGUGCACCAAAGCCAGCCCCAGUCAGGGCCGGCACAAGGGUUCUGCAGAGCCAGCCUGUGGCUCUGACGUCUAUGAGUGUGCAGACAGCGCAGACGCAGCCCGCAAUAUACAGGAGCAGAGUUGCCCCGAACACGCUGUCCCACAAUGCCAACCACAAAUGGGGCCAGCUAAGGGUGUGGUGGGAGAAGCCAUCCUGCAUCUCUGAGAUCCACAAAGUGGAGAUAGCAGUAGCACCAACUCCACUGCUUUGGAGGCUGCCCAGUCGAAUUUGGGAGCCAGCGAGGGACCUGACAGCAGCACAUUGUACACCAGAAGACACCCAAAGGGAGAGGAGCGGAAGACCUUCUGGUGUGGGCUGGGCAGCAAUUCACUUGAAGGAGAAACAGCCCCGGUGUGGAGAGGCAGCCAUCCUUGGUGGGAUCCUUUCUAAGGAGCUGAGAAAUCAACGUAGAGCUUCCUCUAUCUGAUUCUGUAACAACUGCAGACCUUCCAUGAGUCAAGCUUUGUGUCAAAAAGACAAAUUAAAAGGACCUAUAAAUGGCACCACCCAGCCCAAUGGACAGAUGCCCCAGGCUGCAGAUUCUGUCAGUGCUGUUCUCGAAGAGGCCCAGGCACAUGCUGAAACAUGGAAGGUAAAACCAGCAAGCAGCUGGCAUACAUUCCAUCCAGCCGUCCCCCAGGAGAAUUGCUUGAGCUCCGGAGUUCCAGACCAGCCUGGGCAACAGAACAAGGGCUCAUAUCUACUAGAAAUAAAAAAAUUAGCCAGGAUAAGAAGCCAGCCCUCGGGAACCACCAGGAGCCAGGAGCACCCCCGGCCCCCCAAGGCCCCAAGUCCAGCCUGCCCCACCCCCUCCGGUGCAGAGGUCCUGGGACACCAGUGGCAGCCCCGCCACACCCCCCAAGGCCAAGGGCACAGGCAGCGGGGUCUUCCCCGCCCCGCCCGACUACUUCCUGCCGCCACAGCCACCAAUGCCGCCCUGGAGUACCCAGAGCUCCCGCUGCCGUCCCCGGACUUCAUGGAGACCCCCCUGGACUUCGUGCUCCCUCCCCUCGCUGUCGCCAAGAGGCCUCCUAUGCCCCACCCCCCCAACAGGCACGAAGCAUCAAUGUUCACAAGCAGCAAAUGAAUAAAAGUUAAACGUUCUUCCUACUGCA